AGAGGUUGUGAAAAGACCGGCAGGAGGAGUGGGACUUGCUAUUAGGACACAAGCGACUCUUAAAUCCAGCCGCUCCUAUAUUUUUACGCAGGAGAUUUGAAGAAACAAACAACAAAAACAAGAGGAGCUGCGACUGGCGCGAGAUAGAGUAAAAGUAGCCCUGAUUCCAUCGCCGGUAUUCUGACACCUUUUUUUUUUUUUUUUAUUCUUUCUCAGCGGCAGAGACUCUGUGGGGACCGAGGGGAGCUACCAUGAGAAGGGCUGUGGAUGUUGUGCUGACUGUGCUGCUCGCCGUGUCCCUGUCGUGCCGGAGCGUGCUCGGCGGCUACGGGAUGAGCCUGUUCGCGGCGCAGACCUCUCCGCCGGACCCCUGCUACGACGAGCACGGAAACCCGCGCCGCUGCAUCCCGGACUUCGUCAACUCCGCCUUCGGGAAGGAAGUGAAGGUGUCCAGCACCUGCGGCAAGACGCCCAGCCGAUACUGCGUGGUGACAUCGGCGGAGAAGGGAGACGAGAGGACCAGAAACUGUCACACCUGCGAUGCCUCAGACCCCAAGAAGUACCACCCCCCGGCGUACCUGACGGACCUCAACAACCCUCACAACCUCACCUGCUGGCAGUCCGAGAACUUCGUCCAGUACCCGCAAAACGUCACUCUGACUCUGUCCCUCGGCAAGAAGUUUGAGGUCACCUAUGUGAGCCUGCAGUUCUGCUCGCCCCGACCUGAAUCCAUGGCGAUUUACAAGUCCAUGGAUUACGGUAAAACUUGGGUACCCUUUCAGUUUUACUCGACCCAGUGCAGGAAGAUGUACAACAAACCGAACAGGGCCGUUAUCACGAAGCAGAACGAGCAGGAGGCCGUCUGCACGGACUCCCACACCGACAUGUACCCUCUGACCGGUGGGCUCAUCGCCUUCAGCACGCUGGACGGCAGGCCGUCGGCGCACGACUUCGACAACUCCCCCGUGCUGCAGGACUGGGUCACAGCCACUGACAUCAAAGUCAUCUUCAGCCGGUUGCACACGUUCGGUGAUGAGAACGAGGACGACUCGGAGCUGGCUCGGGACUCGUACUUCUACGCCGUGUCGGACCUGCAGGUCGGAGGGAGAUGCAAAUGCAACGGACACGCAUCUCGGUGCGUAAAGGACCGGGAUGGGAGUCUGGUGUGUGAGUGCAAGCACAACACCGCUGGGCCGGAGUGCGACAGGUGCAAACCUUUCCACUACGACAGACCGUGGCAAAGAGCCACAGCCAGGGAGGCCAACGAGUGUGUCGCCUGUAACUGCAACCUUCACGCCCGAAGGUGUCGUUUCAACAUGGAGCUGUACAAGCUGUCGGGGAGGAAGAGCGGAGGAGUCUGCCUCAACUGUCGCCACAACACAGCAGGUCGCCACUGCCACUACUGCAAGGAGGGCUACUACAGAGAUCUGUCCAAACCCAUCUCACACAGGAAAGCCUGCAAAGCAUGUGAUUGCCAUCCCGUGGGUGCUGCUGGCAAAACCUGUAACCAAACCACAGGACAAUGUCCCUGUAAAGACGGCGUGACUGGUAUCACGUGCAACCGCUGUGCUAAAGGCUACCAGCAGAGCCGCUCGCCCAUUGCCCCCUGCAUAAAGAUUCCAGUUGCACCUCCCACAACCCCGUCCAGCAGCACAGAGGAGCCAUCAGACUGUGACUCUUACUGCAAGGCAUCUAAAGGCAAACUGAAAAUCAACAUGAAGAAGUACUGCAAGAAAGAUUACGCUGUCCAGGUGCACAUCCUGAAGGCGGACAAAGCCGGCGAGUGGUGGAAGUUCACCGUCAACAUCAUCUCCGUCUACAAGCAGGGCGAGAGCCGCAUCCGCCGCGGGGACCAGUUCCUGUGGGUCCGCGUCAAAGACGUGGCCUGCAAGUGUCCCAAGAUCAAGCCCGGCAAGAAGUACCUGCUGCUGGGGAAUGACGAGGACUCCCCCGGCCAGAGCGGAGUGGUGGCAGACAAAGGCAGCCUGGUUAUCCAGUGGAGGGACACGUGGGCACGCAGGCUCAGGAAGUUCCAGCAGCGGGAGAAGAAAGGCAAGUGCAAGAAGCCAUAGGCGGGAAACGUUGAAGAAGAUGCCGGAGAGGAAGAGGAAUUCAAGAGAAAUCUGAGCGGGUGAUUUAAAAGAAAAAAAAAAAAGAAAAGAAAAGAAUGAGAGAGGGAUGGACAGAGGACCACGGACAGAGAAAAGACUGUUUAUGUCGCUGCUUUUUUGUGUAGAAGCAUGAAGAGAAUUAUUUAGGUUGAUUUGUCUUUUCUAGUGAACUUUUGUUGAAGGAGCUCACCUUGCAGAUUUGGUUUUAUGGUUUAUUUUACUUUGAGAUUUUGUCUCUCUUGUGGAUUUGCCGAAUUUGCACCUAUUACCAGUAUAUAAAGUUAUUUGUGUUUGUUUUCGUUAUCUCAGUAUGAAAUCAUUAUAUUUUAAUGUUUUAAUUUUAUGGACAUUUUCUGCUGGUGCAAAGAUGACACAGAAAAACCCACUUAUAAUAACCACUGCAAUUUUGCCUCUGCAUGGUUUUCUUAUUGUAUUCUUAGCUAAGAAGCGAGCUUGUUUCAUCAAAAGUCUUCACUGAGCUAAUCGAGGCAGAAAUAUUUCUCAGAACUGUGCCAUAAAGACAAUUGUUUCUAAACCACAGACAGACACUACAUUUAGCUCAAUCUGAUUCCAUUGUUGUACAAGUUCAGGUACAUGUGCAAGUCAAGAAACAAGAAAUCUCUUGCCCUACAUAUUUAACUGUUUACAAAUUUAGAAAAUGCAGGUGACAGAAGAAAACCAAGGACAAAACACAGUAUUGACUUAAGCAUAUUUGAGCUGACUAAUCUUGAGCAUAUUUUUACUCCCGUAUCUGCCCCCUUCAGACGUACCUGCUUAAUUUUGGUGGUUCAGUAUCUGUGCAAACUUGCAUGUGAAGGCUUCUAAUUUGCGACUAUGUUUAGUUCCCUAACUGGUGCUGCUGAUGUUAAAAUUACACUUUUUUUGUGAGGACAGAAUACAUUUAAAACUCACUGAUUUCACCCUUAGUACUGACAGUAACUUCUUUUUUGUUUUGUUUUUUUUUUAUUUCACAACUCCAGUAGGUUUUUUUUGUGUUUAACAACUGACUUGCAACAGGACAAGAGGCCAGACACAUUGCCUUUCAUAAAAAUACUAUCAAAUCAUCACAAAAUAAUGAGUUGUUCAUGGCUAGAACUAAUAAAAAUAAAUAAUCUAAUGAAUUUAAUUAAGUGGCUACAAAAUAAUACUUUUUUUUUUUCCUUUUAAUUAAUUUAAUCUUAUCAACAUUUUAACGACGAUAU